AUGAGAAAUGUUGAGAGGUUUUCAUUAGGAUCACCAAAUCCUGUUCGGAAUCGCCACCAUGAUCCCCACCCUAAUGCCCAUCGUAAUCCUCAAUAUAAUCCUAAUUCACACUAUAAUCCUAACCCACGCUAUAAUCCUCUAAGCAAACUCUACACAUACUCCUCUUCACAAAAGCAGAUUGAAAAAUUGAGAAAUGAAUUUUUCACAGCGGCCCAAGAAUUGGAUUUAAAUGGAAUACGGAAAUGUUUGGAAAGAAACUUGGAUGUAAAUGUUACAAAUGAACUGAAAGAGAAUGCUCUGCAUCUAGCUCUACACACGAUACAUAAGCGAUCAAGACGGAAGAAACAAGCAGAGCUGAAGAGGUAUAACAGGAGGUUACAAGAUCAAGAGGAGGAGAAUGAAGAUGGAGCUGUACUGGAUGAUUGUGAUGCCCAAAGUACUGAUGAAGCCGCAUUCACCAGAUAUCUCAUAGAAGCUGGACUUGACAUUAAUAAGCAUGAUUGCUAUGGUAACACCUGUGUUCACAUUGCUUCUGAUGAUCGGCUGUUACACGUUCUAGAUGUGAUGUAUGCGAUCGCUAACCCAGACAUCAACAAACGCAGUACAACAAAUAGAAGACCUAUCGAUGAUGCCGCCUUGUUAAGACACCUUGAAACUCUUAAAAGACAUGUCAGUCACUUAGACAAGAAUUCCAACAAUCAGUUUCAAAUCACUCUGUCGAAAAAGCCUACUUUGCAUAGUAGAAAUUCUUUGGGACAGUUUCAAGAUCGCCAAUACCGAAAAUCAUCAAUACUUCAUAAGAACUCAAGUUUUAUGAAACCCCAAAAAGGCAUACUAAAAACUUGGAGUUCAAAUGAGGAUGCAGUGGUGGGUGGCAUAAUGAGCGAGUUGCAGUCCGUACUUGAUGAUUGUGAUGAAGAUGGAAUGACUGUACUUCACUAUGCUGUACUGGGAGGAAAUACUGAGAUAGUGGCUCACCUUUUGGAAAAUGGAGCUGACCCACUGCUUUAUACCACACAAGGUGAUUAUCAAAAAACGCCCCUUCACUUAGCUGCCUUGCACGGAAAUACUGAAGUGGCAAAGUUGUUGAUUGAUAAGAACAGUAAAUUACUUGAUAUCCCUGAUGAGCUAGGAAAUACAGCACUGCAUACAGCUGUGUUCAAAGACAUGUAUGAUAUGGUGGAGAUUUUGCUAUCUAAAGGUGCAUCUAUAAAAGUUAAGAAUCAUGGCUCUAGGACUCCAUUAGAUGAAGCUUACUUAAUAGAGCCUGUUAAUCAGGAUAUUAUAGAUUUGAUACUUAACAACAGAAAAAAAAAGAAGAAAGAGCCACAAACCAAGAGUAAAGAUCCCACCAUGGCUAAGAAAGAAGCUGGACUCCUUUUCUCCAAAAUCGGGGACAUCAAAGAUAUUGGUGGGAAAUUCCGUAAAGCAAUUGAUCGUGAUAAAGCAAAAGAUGAUAUUAAUACACAUGUUUAUGAAGAUAAAUAUCUUGAGUUGGAUAACUUGAGUAAAGAGUUUUUAGAAGCAGCCGCUGCAGCUAACACAGGGGUUAUUAAAAGUUAUCUUAAGCAAGGUGUACAGCCAGGUGUUCAAAACAGAGAUGGGGAAACAGCUUUGCAUUUGUUGAUAACACAAGGUCAUCCUGACAUUGGAAGUUUGAUCAAUAUGAUACUAGAUGCGGGUCCUGCUCUAAACUGCACAACAAACAGAGGAGAGACUGCAUUGCAUUAUGCUGCUAAUAGAGGUUCUUCAGUGUCAUUGAGAAUUCUGCUGGACCGUGGUUCCGACCCCAAUGUUCAGGAUCUCAGAGGGCAAACGGCUCUGUUUAAAGUUUCAGCAGAAAAGCUCUCGAUUCCAGACACUAUAUCAUGUGCUAAAAUUUUGAUUAAGUACAAAGCUAAUGUUAACACUGCCAAUAAACAAGGACUUACACCAUUACAUAUUGCUUCCAAGUAUGGGAAACAAAGUCUUAUGAAGUUACUAAUUGACAGUGGAGCUGACGUCAGUUUAGUGGACUCCCAGAACAGAACCGCAUUGCAUCACAUUUUCAGGAUGUCACAUGAUAGCGAUGCUGAUCAGAUUGAUAUCCUCGUUCCAUUACAUGGAUCCCCUGCCAUCAACAUCCGUGACAAAUCUGGCGACACACCUCUGCAUAUGGCUGCACGCAGUCAGCGACCACUAACUAUGAUAGCACUACUAGAAAAAGGUGCAGAUCCAAAUCUUGUCUCUAGUAGAGUUCCAAAACAGAGAGCAUUGGAAAUACUCUACCAAGACUUCUUGGUCAAUAAGAAUGAGGACCAUGAGAUAACUAAUGACUUCAGUAUUGCAGAACAGAUUGGGGAACCUGAAUUAAUUCUGAGGUCCCCAUCUCCUAUACUGACAGCAAUGAACUACAGUAAAAUAUUUUCACAGAUUGCAGAAUCCAAGGAUGAUUGUUCCACAUAUGCAGGUUUGUCAGUUGCUUGUGAGGAAUUAGCAGUGGAUCUACUACAAACAUGUCAUAAUAUGGAUGACGCUAGAAUUAUUUUACAACAAAAAGAUUAUUUGGUCUUUAAAACUGCAUCACAAGAUCAGCACAAAAAGUUUAUUGCCUUGUGCUAUACCAUAUACAAGGACUGGAGUAUCACCAAUGAGGAGUACAACACCAGUGAACAAUGGAUAAUCAUUAUAUUAAUGGCGGCUGACAUCAUUUUUGCUCUCAACACCCUCAUUAUAUUUGGACGUCUGUUGACAUAUUUUCAAGUCAGUCCUCUGCUGGGUCCGUUGCAGCUAUCAUUAUUCAGAAUGGCAACAGAUGUGCUUCUGGUCUUAGUUAUACUAGGUAUUGUUAUGUUUGCAUUUGCUGCAAGUAUGACUAAAGUAUACCUAGUUGGCUACUACAGUGUACCACCAAACUUGAAUGCUACAGAAAGAGAAAAAUUGAUGAAUCCUGAUAUAGAGGGCGUGCCACCUCUCAUACCUGAUACAGUAUCAAAUAUGGGUUCAUCUUUAGUAAGCUUGUAUUGGUCUUUGUAUGGUUUAUUGGAUGUUGAGGACUUUGAGAGUUCUUACUAUGUAUCAAAUGCAUUUGGUAAAAUAUUGCUUGGUUUAUAUCUCGUCUUGGCUGUUAUUGUUCUACUCAACAUGUUGAUUGCAAAAAUAAGCAACACAUAUGCAAAUAUUCAGGAAAAUUCACGUUUGGAGUGGAACUAUGCCAGAGCCAAUUUGAUCAUAGAGUACCAAGAAUCCCAAGAUCUACCAAUACCAUUCAAUUUCAUCCAGACUAUUAUAAGAGGUGUUGUCAAUCUAUUCAGUAGGUGCUGCAGGUGUCUCUGCAGAAAACAGGUAGUUGAAGUUGAAGCUGAUAAGAAUGUUGAUCAAGCAGUGGAAACAAAUCCCAAAAUAGACAUCAAAGAAACCGCUGAGGGCAGUACACCACAUCCAGACACAGUCAGCAAUACUAACGUGGGCAAUAACAAAGUGGUGAAAGGGUCAGGUAAUGGGUCUUCGUCAAAGAAGGACAAAGAUAAGGAAAGAGACUUAGCUGAACAGUUAGAGCAGCAUGAAGUGGACAGGAUAUUAGAAUACAUUAGAUCAGAUUAUCUUAAAAAGCAAGAAGAAAUGAUGCGAUACUCAUUGAAGGAGCUACAUAAUAAGAUGAGAGGAAAGAUCAACACAUUGGAAGAGCAAGUGACCCUUAUGUGGAAUGAAAUAAAUGCUUGGAAGACUGAUACUGAUGAUAGAAUGCAAAGUAUGCACAAGAACUUUGCCGGUGCACAGGAAAUUUUACGAAAAUAUUUGCGACAGAGAUUUGUUGAUAGGGUGUAA